AUGGAAGGGCACCCUGAUGGCACCUGGGACACAAAGAAGAUCCCCAGUGUCGAUGUCAUCGGACGUCAAUCGGUGUCAUGGGCUCCAGCAGUGCCUGCUGGCUCGUUCGUCUCAGAGAGAGGGCCGGGACAGCCGACGAAGUGGCUGGCUGUGGCAGGCUGUGACAACAGCAUCAAGAUCUAUGCAUAUGUCAGUGAUGUGUGGGCCUUGGAGCACAAGCUUGUUGCACACUCAGGCAGGGUGCUGGAUGUUGCAUGGGCCUCUAAUAUUGGCUUGCCAAAGAACACCAUCGCAAGUGCGGGACAGGAUGGAAAGGUGUUGGUUUGGAAGGAAAGAUGCAAGGCUUGGUGGGACAAGGUCCUGAUGAAGGAUAAGAGGCAACAGACUUGCUGUGUCGGACGAGAGCAACCAUGUCACGCUUUGGAAGGAAUCCUUAGCAGGGAAAUGGCAACACAUCACAAAGUGACAAUGUCCACCUGCAAAUGUCAAUUGCCUGGGUUCGUAAAAUUGAGAGGAUGGGAUUGGCAAUUGAUGCACACCGUUUGUGUGGCUCCCCUGUCACCAGCUGUCGAAAUGUGCUGA